AUGUUGGCUCCUCCUCCUCUGAUCUUUCUCCUCAUGAUUCAUGAAGUUUAUAGUGCUGAUGAUGAGUGGGGUGUGAAUUACAGCUCUUCAUCCAUCUGUGCACUAAAGGGUUCAACAGUGAAAAUAAACUGCACUUAUAAAUACCCUACUGGACAUCAGAUCACGAAAGUGUUCUGGACUAAGAUUAACAGUGAAAAUCCUCCAGAUCUGUUUAAUGACUCUGAAUACAGUCAGAGGAUUCAGUAUCUGGGAGAUAAACGUCACAACUGCACCAUGAAACUGACUGAUGUGAGACAGACAGAUUCACACGAAUACUAUUUCAGAUUCAUCACUGAUAAAGACAGAUGGCUUGGAAAGCCUGGAGUGUCUCUUGAUAUCACAGAUCUUCAGGUGGAGUCUUCAGGUGACAGUGUGACAGAGAGACAUUCAGUGACUCUUACAUGUAAAAGCAGAUGCAGUCUGACUGACAGAUCAACAUUCAUCUGGUUUAAAAACACACAGUCAUUAAGUGAGAGAACAGACAGAAACAAUCAACUCAUCCUGCAGUCAGUAAGAAGAAAUGAUUCAGGCAACUAUAGCUGUGCUGUACAGGGACACAAUCUCACAUCACCUCAUCAAUAUCUUAAUGUCAUCUAUGCUCCAGAUAAACCUAAAAUCUCUGUCAAUCCAUCUGGUGAAAUAAUGGAGGGUGAUUCAGUGACUCUGACCUGCAGCAGUGAAUCAAAUCCACCUGUUCAGAACUACAGCUGGUUUAAGGAGAAUGAAACAUCAUCUGUUGGAUCUGGACAGACGUACAACAUCACUAACAUUAACUCCAGUCACAGUGGAUGGUUUUACUGUAAGGUUCAGAAUAAAGACAGAUCUCAGAAAUCUGAUUCUGUAUCAGUCAAUGUUAAAGGAAAUAUGAUGAUAUUUCCCUUAAUCAUUGGAUUGCUGAUUUUGGGUGCUGUGUUUUUUAUUGUGGUGUUGAUCAUUUGGAGAAUCAGGUGGAUGAAAAAGAGAAAUAGCUCUCAGACGGUUCAUCAUAGUCCUUCUCACAACAGCCAUAAAACAUGUGAUGACCUGUAUGAGAAUCUAAGGACUGCUGAUGACAGUUCUCCUGUCUAUGGGAAUAUUAAGACUGACAGCUGUGACGAAUCUAACUUACGUUCUCCUGUCUAUGAAAAUAUACAACAUUGAAUAGAAAGAUGCUAUAAAGGUCAAAUAAUCACACCAAGACUUUUGACAGCCAAUAAACAUUUUCUGUGGGAGGAGCUCUUGAUGAUUGACAGGAGUUUAAAUAUGAUGUGAUGAAUAAUACAAACAUAUGAAGAAACAAUGUCAACGUGUUAUUUUGAUGAUGUUUUGAUUUAUGUAGGUGUAGCUAUAUUUAGUACUUGUUUGCCACUCUGCUGUUUCUGUAUUUGUAUGUCAAUAUUUGUUAUUUUUACGAGUACUGAAGCUUCUAUGAUCUUUGUGUGUGAGAAGCUGAUUAUUUUUUUCUUCAAUUUUGUUUUACUUUUAUUUUGUUCUAAGCUUUGCUGAUUUAAGAAUAUUCAAUUAUUCAUUUUGUUUCAAUUUUUGAUUUAUUUUCCAUCAUAUUAGUAAGGCAAAGUUUAAACUGUUAGGAUAUGUGAUUUUAGAUUGAAUUAUUUUUGCAUAUACAUUUUUUUUCUUUACUUGCUGUACAUUUAAAUAAGUUGGUUUUCGUUUUAACACAGCACUUUAUAAUGAAAAUGAUCCUCUUCUAUACUGGCAUUUCAGAAAAGUUCAGAAAAAAGUGUAUGAACAGCUAAAAGUCAGCAAACCCUCCAUGAGCCCAUUUCAGGAAGGAGGUUUGACCAACUCUGAGUUAAAACUUGAACUCUGACUUAACUUACUCUGAAAUAGGAAACUGUGAGUUUUCAGUUACAGAGCAGCUGAAAUUAGUUAAAUCGACUCUAAGUAAGGUUGACUCUGAGA